AUGGUUUCCUUCUCGAAGCCCGCGGGUGCCCGGGCCGAGCGGCGACGUAUGCGAGGCAUGGGUCUUGCCGCCGUGGCCGGCUCCGCCUUGGUGCCGCUGAUGGACCGCUCCUUCGUGGUGGGCGGUCCCAGCCGAGCAGUCGCUCGGGCACCGGCCUCGAUGUCCCCAGAGGCGGCCUCCCUGGCCAUGGCAGAGCCGGAGGAGGAGGGCAGAAGCGGAGCCAGGAGCGCGGCGGUUGCGGCGGCUUCCGCGCUCGCCUUUCACCUCAGGUGGAUUUUCCCCAAGCGCUCCGCGCGCAAGAGCGAGAAGAAGGCGCUGGCCGCGGCCGUGGCGGGCGCGGGCGGCUGCGGCGGGGUCGGCGGGGUCUCGGCGAGCGGCUCCUUCUCCUCCGCCGGCUCCAGCUUCUUGGGCUCGACCAUGGCCGGCUCCGUGACGGCGGCGCCCAGGAGCAGCAGUGCCACGAGCUCCAUGACAAUGCUCUUUGAGAAGUUCAAUGAGAAGCGCUGCGUUCGGUGCUGGGGGCACAGGAGCUGA